AUGAACUCUGACUUUCAUCAGUUGCUCCAUAGGAACCCAUUCAUUUUGGACACACCCAGCAGCUCCCCCUGGUGGUCAAACUAACCCACCAGAGACUCUGAAGUGGGUGCUCUCCUGUAACAGACACUCUGUGGCCGGGUUAACUGCCGGGUGCAUGUGUGUGAUGGGGAGCUGAGCGGUUCUGAAGGUCUGGAAUGUGUAUCAGCUGGUGGAUCACAGGCACACGGACAGCAUGGACCAUCAGAUCGAGACGACCCUGUGCUUUUCAGACACAGCACCCCCGUCCCCUGUCACCAUCUCAGACUUCUCAGACGAGAUUCUGCUGAACAUCCUGAGGUACAUCCCGAGCCAUGACCUGGUGCUGAACGUGAGCCGAGCGUGCAGGAAGCUCCGUACACUGUGUCUGGAUAAGAGCCUGACUGCUCACAUCAACCUGCACAAGGAGUACACGGCGACAGACGAAGCUGUCAGACAUCUUUUGAAAGAGCUCUCCACUGAGAUCCAGACUAUGAAUGUAAGCGGCUGCUAUUGGCUUGCCGGCUCCACAUUGGACCAGGUGACCCGCUGCAAGUGCUUGGUUCGGCUGGACCUGUCAGGCUGCCGUGUGACUCCUGUGCGUCUGUCUCGCUUGUUGACCUCACUGCAGUGCCUGCGCUCGCUGGCCCUGGACAUUGGCCCAAAGUUUGACCUUCAGCAACUGAACGCAGAGGGCAAGGCGGCUCUGGCGCGGCUGCAUGAACUGAAGCAAACGCUCCUGACGCCCUCAUACGGCGUGGUGCCGUGCUGCAGCGCCUUGCGGAGCCUGCGCCUCUACCUGGAGGCCAGCGAGAGCUGGCAGGAGAGUGGAGCCUGCGCUCAACUAAUGGUGGGCCAGAGCAGCGUGCCACAUUACCAGAACUUGCGUUGGUUUUCUGCUCGUCUGGCGCCAGGCGAGGUCAACCGCACCCUGCUGGCCCUCUACCUUGCAGUCUUUAGCAUGCGCGUGCCAGCGGGCCUCAUAGGCUUGGUCCUGUUUGUCCCUGGCCCUGCUCCUCCUCGUCCAGCUGCGGUGGCAGCCCUUACAGAAAGCAUGGCCUCUGCUGCAGGGAGCACAGUCCGUGCCCUCCAACUUCCACGGACUUGGCUUGACGGCGCAGGGUUGAUGCGGGUCCUGGCUCAUGGAUGUCCUGCCUACCUGAACUUGUCCCGCUGCUCAGCGCCUGGGUUCAACCCUCUGCACGUGCUGCUGGCCACUGGCCGGGACCUAUCACCCCUUCGUAGUCUUAACCUGCGUGGUUGUGGACGAGGAGCACUACCGGAAAACUGCAGCAGAGGGGAGGAGGAGAUGGAUGCGGAGAGCGUCAAAUCACUUAUUGAGUGCUGCCCUCGCUUCACACAUCUCAACCUGUCUGCCACACACUACCAUCACCAUGCUCCGGCUGAUCAGGAUGGUCACCUGUGUGGAGCUCUGGGCCGUUUGACUCACCUCCGCUCGCUGGCCCUCCCUGUGUGCGCACUGGCACAGCGAGCACCAGUGAUGGCCAACGAGUCGCACUCUGGUUCAGACCUCUCCUCAGGGUCGCUGCUCCUCGGGCUGAAGAAGAGCCGUCGGAUCGGCGUUCCCAUCUAUCAGCCGGAUGUCGGAGCUUUAGGGGAAGUUCGGGAGGAAGCAGCUGCGUCCUGCAUCCGGCCGCUGCUGAAGGGCUGCCCACAUCUGGUGGAGUUGGAGCUCAUAGGUGCCGGCUUCCUCUCGGCCAUGCCGCGGAAUGAACCGGCCAUCCGCAAAGACCCUGCUGCCUGUCCCUGGGCCUGUCAGGUCGGAGACAGCCAACUGGCAGCCUUGGGCAACCUGAGGUUUCUGCGUCGGCUCACCUUGGCCCACCUGCCAGGGGUCUUAAAGGGGACUGGACUUUUGCAGCUUGUGCAGGGAUGUAAGGACCUUCAGAUGUUGUCACUGGCCAACCUUGGGUCCAUAAAGACUGUAAAUUACACACAAGCCCUGCUGGAGGCGUUGAAGCUGUGCACACAGCUCAGGGAUUUCAGACUGGAGCAGCCAUACUUCAAUGCCAAUGCUGCUUUCUUUGAGGCACUCAGUCACUGCCGCCUCCUUCACCGUCUGUGUCUGGUCUCACGCCAAGGAACCUUCCAGCUCCCUGCAGUGCUGACCUUCAUGCAGAGCUGCACAGAGGUCAUCAUGUUUCAUAUGUUCAUGGGCGGGACUCUGGCUGAUUGCAAAACGCUGCAGAAGACCCUGGUGGAAGGUCUGUCCGCGUCUCGCCCGGCCCUCAGCGUGGUGGUGCACCCUUUGCUGCACGAGGACCUGGGACGUGUGAUCAGGGACACGCCACUCUGCCACCUGGACGAGAUCACUCUCUUCAAAAGCCGCGUGGCCGAAGAGCCCACCGCUCUGUACGGGAGAGAGAGAUCCCCGGUCUGAGAGCAGAUAGUGUCCUGUGCUGGUGGAUAUUGACUUUCAUGCUUCAUCAAAUAUUGUUUACACAGUGUACAGGCAAACGAAUGUGUGCAGGGGUUGCAGGGCCAUCAGCUGAAUGGACAAUCAUGUGGGAGUCGGUUCCAUCCCACUGCAUGGCAGCUUUGAAAAACUUCAGGAUUACAGAGUGCCAAAUAUCAAACAUAAAAUAAAGUUACCUGCUGUAU